GCCGCCGCUCGCCCUCCGCGGGCCGGGACCCGACCGCUGGCCGUUCCCUCUUGAUGUCCAUGAAUGCAAACACCAUGAUUUUCAUGAUCCUGGGCGCCUCUAUCGUUAUGGCAAUAGCUUGCUUGAUGGACAUGAAUGCGUUGUUGGACAGAUUUCACAAUUACAUCCUACCGCACCUCAGAGGGGAGGACCGAGUUUGUCACUGCAACUGUGGAAGGCAUCACGUGCAUUAUGUCAUCCCUUACGACGGGGACCAGUCCGUGGUGGACUCCUCGGAGAAUUACUUUGUGACUGACAAUGUAACCAAGCAGGAGAUUGACCUGAUGCUGGGACUUUUGCUGGGCUUUUGUAUAAGCUGGUUCCUGGUGUGGAUGGACGGGGUGCUCCACUACGCCGUGCGCGCCUGGAGGACCAGCCGCCGCUAUGACAACUCCUGGUCCUGGAUUCCGAAGUUCUGUAACCUGAAGGAGCUGAGGAAACGUCACCACCGGCAGUACGAGGAGGCCACCGGGAACAUGGUGCACAUCAAACAGAAGCUGUACCACAACGGGCACCCCAGCCCCCGGCACCUCUGAGGGACCCCCGGCCUCCAGGGACUGCAGCCAGCUUUUAAACCACACGGGACUCUGCCCUUCCUCCUCGGGGAGCAGCCUCCUGCUCGCUCCCCAAGCCAGCUGAGGACAUGGAUUUUAGGGAUCCGUCCCGGGUGUCCGUGGGUUGGACACGCCACGAUGCACAACUAAGCCAGUCCUGGAUGCUCCGCAGCCAAGGCUUUGCACUGUGUUCCACGUUUUAUCGCCAGA